UGCAUAACACACAGUUUUGUCUUGUAGUUGACUAGGCUCAUCUGCUUUAGAUUGUCACCAUCUUUAUAACAACAUCUUCACCAAAGGUGCUUGCUUUCAAGGUCAUUUUUCUACAAUUCUCUGUUCAAUUCCAUGGGAAGAUCUCCAUGUUGUGACAAAGAAAAUGUUAAGAGAGGACCAUGGUCUCCUGAUGAAGAUGCAACACUCAAAAGUUAUUUAGAGAUUCAUGGCACUUCUGGAAGUUGGAUUGCAUUGCCCCAAAAAGCUGGGCUUAAACGGUGUGGCAAGAGUUGCCGUUUACGGUGGUUGAAUUAUCUUAGGCCAGACAUCAGACAUGGAGGCUUUACUGAAGAAGAGGACACUAUCAUUUGCACCCUCUAUGCUCAAAUGGGUAGCAGAUGGUCUGCCAUAGCAUCAAAACUACCUGGCAGAACAGACAAUGAUGUGAAAAACUAUUGGAACACGAAAUUGAAGAAGAAAAUUAUAGCAGGAAAAGUUACCAUCCAACCAAUGACUCAAAAUGACACUUUUCUCCCUUCAACCCCAUCACCAACUCAAAAUCCACAAUAUUUUCCUACUUCACAAACUCAAUAUUCUCCACCCUCAUCACUACCAAUUAUGCUAGACAAUAAUAAUUAUGAUGCUAAUUAUGGAUUUAACAAUAAUGAAAAAAUCAUGGGUUUUGACCAAAUUCAUGAUCAAUUGUAUAAUCCAAGUGUCAAUGAUGUUGUUGUCUCACAAAUUGGUACAAGUAACAACAACAACAACAAUAGUAAUAUUAAUCCUAUGAUGUCAAUGUCUCAAGAUUGUUCAAGCAUUGAAGUGAACAACAAUUGUGAAUUGCUUCAAGAUCAAGUAGGUGAUCAUGAAUCUGUGGACCCGUUAUUGGAUUUUGGAUUUGGAUUUCCACAUGAUCAUGAAAAUGGUCUUAAUAACUGCCCUGACAAAGUUGGUGAUUUUGGUUCAAGUUUUUGCUUUAGUGAGUGGGUUGAUUUUAGUCAUGCUGACAUUAAGCCAUAUUGACCAAUUCAAAAUGUUGCAAUAUUCUCUAGCAAAAUUAAAUUACAUAUUGGAAAUUAUUAAGUAAAAGGACACAUGUGUGACAGGAGAAAGCUAGGUGAAAUAUUUUAUAGUUUUUAAAUAUAAUUUAUUUACUAGUGUUAAUUGUGUGUUUUGUCCAUAGAUAGGAGGACUACAUAGUUUAUUAGACCAACUUUUGGAUUAAGCAAUUUUAAAAAUUUAUUUAAGAUUACAAAGCUUGAUGCUUCUUUUUUAGUGUU